AUGUCCUGCUUGAGGUUUACGAACUUGUCAAUUUCCAGUCUGCGCUCAGCGCUCAAUGAAACGAGUGCAACACUGACAGCUGAGACUGUCACGACCGCAAUGGCUCUGUGCACUAAUGAUGUGUGCAAUGGAAAUAUGCAGACUUGGCGGACUCAUCUUGGUGGGGUAAUGCGUAUUUUGAGGGCGUUUCUAGAUAAACAAGGAACACUGCCCAUUGCUGAUCCCUACAUUCAGUGCUUGGUCAAAUGGUUCACAACGAUUGAUGUUCUCGCGGGACUAUCGGGACUCAGUACUAGUGGUGUGAUGAGCUCUGAUACAGGACUACUUGAUAGGUUUCUUGAUCCGUUGAACCCGCAUGUUGACGAUAUAUGUGGAUACUCCUUGAAGUUGGCUCCGCUGCUCGCACGUCUGUCUCAAUUGGUACAACGCCGUUAUUGUACUAAGCCUGGAAGGCAACAAGACGUUUUGGCAGAAGCUCGAAGACUCGAGAUUGGGAUUCUCUCCCUUGUUGACUGCAAUGUUUCUAGUGGAGACUCAUUUGAGCUGCAGAGUACACAUUUUGCCUUUGUACACUCUGCCUUAUUACACAUCCAUCGGCGAAUCCAAACACUCCCAAAAAGCCAUGCGAAAGUGAAAGAGGAUAUCAAAAAAAUUAUCGCUGCGGUGGAACAAAUCACCCCAUUUUCUUCUGCAAAUAUAUUGAUCCUUUGGCCCAUGUUCAGUGUUGGUUGUGAAACCGAUGAUAGCAAGGAACGCGAGUUUAUCCACAGACGAAUGGGCAAGAUGCAAAGCCUUGGGAUGGGAAACUUUACAAGAGCCCGAGAACUACUGAACAAAUUUUGGGCAUCAGAAACAUCCUUGCCCUGGGACGUGUAUUUUGCCAAUCUUGGAUUGGAAUUGGUCCUAUUCUAG